AUGCCGGGCCACAUAGAUUGUUAUCUCGAUUGCUCUUCAUUCUACAGCUACGCUGCAAUAGCACAUCUCCGAAAGAACCGAGAAGUUCUUCUUACUCAUGAUGUUACCGUGAAUAUCAUUCCAGUCUUCCUCGGCGGCAUAAACAACGGCUCGGGAAACAAACCGCCAUGGAGUCUUCCUGCCAAAGCAAAGUAUAGCAAAUUCGAUAGUGCUCGCACGAUAUCAUAUCAUGGGCUUCCGGAUCUUCAAGCUCCUGAUUUCUUCCCGCCUGUGACACUUCUUCCUCAAAGAGCACUCUGCUUCAUCAAAUCCCGUUAUCCUGUCGAAACAUUCGAGAAAACAUUCUUGAGCAUUUUCAAUGCCCUUUGGGUUGCCCCUCACAAAAACAUCACGAUUCCUGACGAACUCCGGGAGUUCCUAAGUAAGCUAGGCUCGUUCGAUGAGAAGCAGGUAGAGGAGAUUAUGGCAAUGGCGGCGGAGAAAGAGUGGAAGGAUAAGUUACUGGAGAAUACAAAAGAUGCGCUUGGGAAGGGUGCAUUUGGGGCACCGUGGUUGUGGGUUAGGAAUGGGGAGGGAUUGGAGGAACCGUUUUUUGGGAGUGAUAGGUUUCAUUUUAUUUGGAAGUUUUUAGGGGUUGACUUUAGGGAUGUGGAGAUUGUGGAAGGUGAUAAGGGGGAAGGGAGGAAGAAGGCCAAGUUGUGA